AUGGUCUUAUCCUCGGCCUUACCAGUGGACCAAGCACCGCUCCCCUACUCGGCACCCCCCAAAACGGAAACGCCCGUUCGGCAGAACACCCUGGAGGUUAGGAUGGAAGCCUUACAACAGGAAAUGACAAAAAUGCAAGAACGCAACAAUAUUCUUUCCUCCAAGCUCGACGAGACUCAAAGACAGCUGUUUGAACAACAAUCAUAG